AUGAAUCUUGACCGACAAUUGAAGCGCAAUCUCGUUCGAGAAAUUGCUCUUAUUGCAUUUUUCCUUGGUGCAACCUUUAUGUUUGGUGUAACUCUAAUUCUUCAUAGUUUAUUUUACACCAAAAGUGUAGGAGAAUAUGCGGCUGGUGUUUACAUUAUAUCCACCAUGGUACUCUUUCACAUGUGUGAGUUCCUCGUAGCGGCCUCACUGCGUCGACACGAUACGCAUCCCGAUACUUUUAUGCUUUAUCACUCAAAGGAAUAUAUAUUAGCCACAACUGCGGCGUGGGUGGAGUUUCUGGUGGAGUGGCUCUUCAUCCCGGAGAGUUGGAAGAUAUCACUGGACUCACCAUGGUCGUGGUUACUGCGACUCAACUACACUACUGUUACGAUCGCAGCGGUGUUGACAGUAGUCUUUUAUUUUGUGCGGGUUGGUGGGAUGUUGCAUUGUGGAUCAAACUUUUCACUUAUCAUUGAACAUGAGCGGCGAUCGAAUCAUGUGUUGGUAGAGGAUGGUAUUUACGCUGUAUUAAGACAUCCUGCAUACUUUGGUUUCUUUUGGAGGACCGUAUGUUCGCAAUUGUUAUUGGCAAAUCCUAUCUGUUUGGUUCUUCACACAGUAGUGACAUGGGUUUUCUUUGCGAAACGUAUUCCUUAUGAAGAGGAGUUACUAUCGAGUGAAGAGUUCUUUGGUGAUCGAUAUAAAGCGUAUAAGGUACGAACGUGGGUUGGUAUCCCUUUUAUUCAUUAA